AUGUCAGUUGUAUUAUUCCAGGAGGAUGUAGUGACAGCAUUAAUGAUAGCUGCCAUGUGGGGACACCUGGAGAUCUGUCGUCUCCUCAUUGAUAAAGGAUGUAAGAUCGACAUCACAGAUGUUAAUGGACAGACAGCAUUAAUGAUUGCUGCCGAGGGAGGACACCUGGAGGAGGAUGGAGUGACAGCAUUAAUGUUUGCUGCCGAGGGAGGACACCUGGAGAUCUGUCGUCUCCUCAUUGAUACAGGAUUUGUAUUAUUCCAGGAGGGUGGAUUGACAGCAUUAAUGACAGCUGCCAUGGGAGGAGAGCUGGAGAUCUGUCGUCUCCUCAUUGAUACAGGAUGUAAGAUCGACACAGCAACAGAUAGAGGAGAUACAGCAUUAAUGUUAGCUGCCGAGGGAGGACGCCUGGAGAUCUGUCAGCUUCUCAUUGAUAGAGGAUGUAAGAUCGACAUCACACAUGAUUGGAGAGUGACAGCAUUAAUAUGGGCUGCCCAGAGAGGAGACCUGGAGAUCUGUAGUCUCCUCAUUGAUACAGGAUGUAAGAUCAACACCACAGAUAGAGAUGGAGAGACAGCAUUAAUGAGGGCUGCCAGGUAUGGAGGCCUGGAGGUCUGUCGUCUUCUCAUUGAUAAAGGAUAUCAAUGGAUACACAGCUUUACAUAA